AUGGGUUCUCUAAAUCAGCAGAUCAACUAUCGGGCUCUUCCACAAGCUGAGAAGUAUUUGUUGAAAGAAAAUAAGAAGGAGGAUGCCAAAGCAUUGUUUUUCAUUCAACAGGCAAUGGAGGAAUCAUAUUUUCCAAAAGUAGCAGCCGUCACAAGAGGAAAGCAAGCAUGGGAAGUUACCAAACUUACAUUAGCAAUAUGGUGGAAGCCUCUGCAAAUAAGCAAGCAUUUUCAAUCUCAAGGCAUCACAGGCCCUCCCUACAGGCUACUGGUUGGAAAUUUACUUGAAUUCACCAAGUUACUAAAUGAGGCCACAUCCAAGCCUAUGAAACUCACCCAUGACAUUGCAGCAAGAGUGCAGCCUUACUACCCUUGGUGGUCCAAAAUAUAUGGGUCCACUUUCCUAAUGUGGAUUGGGCCAAUACCAACUCUAGUAGUUGGUGCAUCUGAAUUGGCGAAGAAUGCGCUAGGUGAUAUGAAAAACAGUUAUGGAAAACCAAAAUGGGAUGCUGUGUUGAAAGAGCUGUUUGGAGGAGGUCUGGUGAUGCUCGAUGGUGAUAAAUGGGCGCAUCACCGGCAGAUUAUAAAUCCAUCUUUCCAUGCUGAUAAACUCAAGGAUAUGGCUUCUGGCAUGAUGGAGAGCACUACACAUAUGCUGGAGAAAUGGGAGAAAAUAGUGAAAAAUGGUGAGAAAGAAAUGGACGUGGCUCCCGAAUUUAAGGCUCUAACUUCAGACAUCAUUGCCCGCACAGCAUUUGGCAGCAGCUAUCUCCAAGGAAAUCAUAUUUUUGACUUGCUAUCUCAGCAAAUAUCAUUGACCUGCCAGGAUUAUGCAAAAUUAUUGUUUCCUUGCUAUAGAUUUUUGCCUUUCAAAAGAAACAGAGAAUGUUGGAGACUCAACAAAGAAAUUAAGAGUGCUCUGAAAGACCUUAUUAUGAAGCGAGAAAUGUCUGGUACAAACACCACCCAAGGCUAUGGUAAUGAUCUGCUUGGCUCCAUGAUGAACACAAUCCAAGAGAUGAGAAGCUCUAAAAUGAAUGGAGGCCUCACAACAGAGGAAAUCAUACCUGAAUGCAAAACAUUUUUCAUUGCUGGGCAAGAAACAACAAGUAAUCACUUAACAUAUGCCAUUGUUCUCUUGGCCAUGUAUCCGGAAUGGCAAGAGAAAGCACGCUCAGAAAUACAAGAAAUAUGUGGGAAUUCCCAUCCACAAUUUGAGACAAUAAACAAACUAAAAACUUUAGGAAUGAUUCUAAACGAGGUGAUCCGUCUGUACCCACCAGCUGUUGCCUAUAUGAGAGAAAUCCAUAAGGAUACAACACUAGGAGGAAUUGCAAUCCCUAAAGGCACGCAGAUCCUCAUUCCUACGCUUUCACUCAACCAUGAUACAUCUUUGUGGGGAGACGAUGCAGAUGAAUUUAACCCUGAGAGGUUUAGUCAGGGAAUAGCUAAUGCUACUAAGGAUGACUCUACUGUAUUUAUCCCUUUUGGAUAUGGAUUGAGGACGUGUGUGGGCAAAAAUUAUGCUAUGCUUGAGAGCAAGGUGGUCCUUGCCAUGAUUUUGCAACGUUUCUCAUUUGUUCUUUCUCCAGGUUAUAUCCAUGCACCUACUACACUUCUGACAAUCUUUCCUCAGCAUGGAGCUCCAAUCAUUUUUCAGAAAUUAUAG